CUUUGGUUAAGUCAGUGUUAACUGUUAACAUGUGUCUAAACUCUAACCAAUAUUCAACAAGUUAUUUUUUAGCAUUUCAAUUUAUGAUAAAUAAGAAUUAAAUAAAUGUAAAAAAUAAUUAAAAAUGAGUGACUUACAAGAACAAGAAUUUGUGUCAGCCGAACACGACCAUUUAGUGAGUGCAAUAACAAAAUUGGACAAAACGCAACAUAUUACAGAGCCCACUCGUAAUGAACCCACAAAUCUAAGUUCAGAAUUUAACUUAAUUAAAAGCUCAAAUAAAUUAGAUUUGAGUAAAGUUGUUAGUGCUCUGAAGGACAGUGCUCAUCAUACAAUCAUAACAAAAAAAUUAAAAAGUCUCGACCAAGGGCAGGUUUUACCCAAACCUUUAGAAAAACCACAGGCUGAACGAAUUAAAAGGUCAACAGGGUAUGAUGCUACCAAAGAAAAAGUGGCUAAAUGGGAUCCAGUUGUAGCAAGGAACAGAACAGUGGACUUUGUUUCCUUCCCACUACAUUCAGUCUCCAAACGAGAACAUCCUACAAAAGUAAUCUUGUCUAAUUUAAAAUCUAAAUCUCCUUUAGAAAAAGAGCUAGAUGAGAUUGACCCCCCAGCAGAAGUUGAAGAGGAAAAUAAAGAGGAACAAAGCUUUCCUAUGACUUAUGAAGAAAUGUUAGAACACAGAAAAGAAAUGGCUAAGUUGAGAGCUCAGCAAUCAUAUAAAGCAGCAAAAGCUAAGAGACAGAGUAAAAUUAAAAGUAAAAAAUAUCACAGAAUCCUUAAAAAGGAGAGAUUGAAAGAACAGCUUAAAGAGUUUGAAGAAUUACAGGAGAAAAAUCCUGAGGAAGCUUUAAAAAAGUUGGAGGAGUUAGAAAAAGCAAGAGCUCUUGAGCGUCAUACUUUAAGGCAUAAAAAUACAGGAAAGUGGGCUAAAAAUAAAUUAGUCAGAGCAAAAUAUGAUAAAGAGGUAAGACAACAAUUAGCUGAGCAAUUAGCAGUGAGCAGGGGACUUACACAUAAAACACAAGAUAUUGAAAGUACUGAUGAUGAAGCUGAUGAAAAUGAGAUACUACCAGAUAUGACAUUAGCUCAGGAUCCUUCAAAUCCGUGGAUGAUGAAAGGACCUAACAAAAGCAAUGUUGAUACUGAUUUUGAUUUUGGCUACAAAAAAUUUUUAAAGGAAAAAGUGCUGAAGCAUACAGAGGACAGUGACUCUGAAGAAAAUGAUGAAACAGUUUGUGAUUUAUCUGCACUUAAAAAAAAAAAUUAUAUAUUGGGUGCACUAACAAACAAUGUUCAUGAAUCAAGUAAUCCUAAAACUGCUGAUGAGGCCAAGGCAUCUAGCCCUUUAGGUGACUCCAAGAAGAAACCAAUGGAAAAAAUGAAUGCUAAAGUUACGAAACAAGACAGAAAUAUUAAAAGACCUAUAGCAACAUCCGAGUGGACGGUUGAAAUUAUCAAGCCAAACGAUAGUACUGAAUCGGGUGAAAUUAAGGUUGCAGAGGUUUUUGAUACAUUUGAAACUAAAGUAGCGAAACAAGUUGAAAUAAAAAUAAAUAAAUUAAGGAAGAACAUCAAGCGAUUAGAGAAAUCAUCUACUAAACUAAAAGUUGUUAAGAAAAAGGGAGGGAAAGGGAACAAUAUUAGUAAUUUGGAAUCUCUAAUGUUUAAAAAUAAUAAUCCAAAGCCUAUCAUUGAUGAAGAGUUAAUAGAGACAAAUCUUAAGGCACCUGAAGAUAUACCUCAAAAGACAGAGACUUACACAAAAAUUAUUCAAUAUCCAUCUGAACAAGCUGCCCAUUCUAACAAUAAUAAUUCUAAUAUUGAUCCAAGUCAAUUUAUUGAAGUAAAACCCAAGUAUCUCAACACUGCAAUUCCAAGAGGUGAAAACAUCUUAGAUGAAUUAGAUGAUGAUGAACAAAUUGUUCCAAAAAUUGAUAUAGAAGAAGUUUUUGAGGAAGAUGAUGUUGUAGCAAGUUUCAGACAAGAAAAACAAAAUGAAAUUGAUAAUGAUAUUCCUAAAGAAAUUGACUUGCAGUUACCAGGGUGGGGAAGCUGGGGUGGAAUAGGAGUAAAAGCACCUAAGCGAAAAAAUAACAGGUUUAUUUCCAAGAAAAUACCUAAGAUGCCAAGACGUGAUGAAAAUAAAGGGGACAUUAUAAUAAAUGAAUUAAAAUUGCCUAAACUAAAAGCACAUAAGGUAUCUGAAUUACCAUUUCCAUUUACAAAAGUAAGUGAUUUUGAGGCCUCAGUUAGGGCUCCACUUGGUAAUACCUUCAUUCCUGAAACAGCUCACAAAAAAUUAAUUCGACCAAAUAUCAUCACGAAAGCUGGAACAAUAAUAGAACCCAUGGAUGAUGAACAGCUUUUGAUUAAACGUAACCAAACAUUUAAGAAUGAAAAGAUUAUAAAGCUGCUUAGUAAACAAUAAAAGAAAUUUAUUUAUUAAAAAA